AACCCUAACUCGAGGACAGUGAUCGAUCGGGAUCCGGAAUCGGGAGUCAAGUAAGUCAGCCUGGAAUUUGGCCUGCACGGGCUGAGGAAUUGAUUGUAGAGCAGACGCGCAGAGGAACAGCGGGUCAGAGGAUUGACGAGGUGCGUGGCAGGGAGUUGGAUUCGUUCCCUUGGCAUCGAGAUCGGAAUCGAGGAAGGGUUUAGGAUUGCGUAUUGGGUUCUAGAGCUUGCAGGAGGAGAAGAUGGGCACUCCCGAUCACGCCAGGGAGCCAUGCCCCGACAGGAUUUUGGAUGAUAUCGGUGGGGCUUUCAGCAUGGGUGCGGUGGGAGGAUCGGCUUGGCAUUUCAUCAGAGGGAUGAAGAAUUCGCCCCGUGGGGAAAGGCUUUUGGGUGGAUCUCAGGCUGUGAGAAUCAAUGCGCCGAGAAUUGGUGGAAGUUUUGCAGUUUGGGGAGGUUUGUUUUCCACGUUCGACUGCUCGAUGGUUUAUCUUAGGCAAAAAGAAGAUCCGUGGAAUUCUAUAGCUGCAGGUGCAGCUACAGGUGGUUUUCUCCAACUAAGGGCUGGGAUGAGAUCGGCAACUCGAUCCGCAGUGUUCGGAGGGGUUCUUCUGGCUCUUAUUGAGGGUGCGGGAAUUAUGCUCAACAGGUUAACGGCGAACAUGGCUCAACCCCCGCCUUUGGAAGAACCCAUGCCUCAGAUGAACAUGCCUGGAGCCCCGUACGCUACACCGUCUCCUUAUUCAGGCCAGGCUACCACUUUCAAUGUGCCUGACUCCCCACCGGUACCCGUGAAUCUGGGCGCUCCAUCUUUUGAAGAACGGAAGCUUGAUUCCGAUAGUGGAAUCGUGCCUCCUCCCACAGACCCCACGAGCGGUAGCAGUGGAGGCUCAUCCUGGUGGGGUGGGCUUUUCGGUGGCAAGAAAGAAGAAGAGGGUUUUAGAGCUUAAAGGUUUUUAGUCCACAAUUAUCUGGAAAAUCUCAAUCCGGGUACCACAUUCUUUUCUUCGACGAGUUUUAUCAAACCCAAGUCCUGCCACUUUAUGGGCUUCUAUAUACCGCUCCAUACUCUGUACAUAUGGCAUCACCCUCACAUAAUGUGAGUGGACAGUUUUGACGUCAUUGAUGUGUAGUUGAGGACACCCAAAUUUCAGUGGUGGCAGGUUUGGUGAAGAGCUUCAGAGUUGUAGCAUCUAGUUGCCUUACGAAGUAGUGCCCUGGGUUAGGAGUAGUAAUCUUGAUUUCUGCACGUGAGACAGCAGUGUAAAUCAACAUGGUCCCCUGCACCGAUUGCCUACAUAGUUCAGUCUAGCUCUGAUUAAACACCACUCUACACACGAUUCUUAUCGCAUGCUCCCUACGGCCUGUCUGGACAAAACAAUUGACCAUCAGUCAAAGCUUCAGGUCAGGGGAGAGGAGACGCUUCUGCCCGCAGCCUCAGCAGGAGUACAAAGUCUAAGAUAGUUGUUGAGCUGCGAUGGUCGAAAACUCUACUUUUGCCAGCGUGAUUUUUGAUCCAAAUAUAAGCGGUCUUCCAGCAUGGAGCAUUCGCGCCUAAAGUCUUAUAAAGUUCUCACAUCCUGCAAAAUUUCA